AUGCCUCGUUUCCAGCUCGUUCCUUUAUCACGCUUAUUCUGGACAGCUAAGUCUGCUGCAAUCGUGGUGUUUAGUCCCGCUGCGAUUGACUGUCCUAAGGAGCGUGCCUGGGUUGCAUACUCCAGUCGUAAGAACUCCAUAGGGUGUGCAGGGCUUCUUAGCUAUGGAUUAUGCGUAGUGUAUUAUGGGUACAUUGUACACUCGUGCACGGUGCGCAACUGCGGCACCAACGCGAGGUGCCUCAAGAGCCAGGCGGGCUGGGCGGACUGCGUGUGCGACAGGGGCUUCAAGCUGCUGCCCGACACGUCCUGCGUCCGUGAGUUCAGCCUCACCCACCCACCCUUGUUGCUUCCCAUAUCCGCUGCUGCCCGAUGCGUCAUGCGCUCGUGA